GUGCCUUUUCCUCGCGAGAGACUGCUAGCUGAUGCUCGCUGCAGGGGUCGGAGGUCAGGGCGAGCGUCUGCCGGGCCGAAGGAGGAAGAUGGCGGUGGAGUCGCGCGUUACCCAGGAGGAAAUCAAGAAGGAGCCGGAGAAGCCGAUCGACCGCGAGAAGACCUGCCCGCUGCUGCUGCGGGUCUUCACCACCAACAACGGCCGCCACCACCGCAUGGACGAGUUCUCCCGCGGGAACGUGCCCUCGAGCGAGCUGCAGAUCUACACCUGGAUGGAUGCAACCUUGAAGGAACUGACCAGCUUAGUAAAGGAAGUCUACCCAGAAGCCAGAAAGAAAGGCACACACUUCAAUUUUGCAAUUGUUUUUAUGGAUCUUAAAAGGCCUGGAUAUCGAGUUAAGGAGAUUGGCAGCACCAUGUCUGGCAGGAAGGGCACCGAUGACUCCAUGACCCUGCAGUCACAGAAGUUCCAAAUAGGAGAUUAUCUGGACAUAGCCAUCACUCCUCCAAAUCGGGCACCGCCUUCGUCAGGGCGCAUGAGACCCUACUGAAUUCUAUUGACUCUCUUGAAGUUAUUUUUCAGCCAGUUUGUAAAAUAAACUUACUUAAUCUUUCCUCCCCUGGACUUUGCCAUUAAGCCUUUAAAUUUUCAACGAAUUGUAACACAUUUAUUUAGGAAUUAGAGUUGGAUGUACUUUGGUAUAUUACAGAAAGUCCGUAUGUUUUAAGCCCUUCUGUAAAAUACGAAGAAAAGUGCUCUUAGCAUUCUGUAUAAACUGUUUUGUGAAAUACAUGUGUGCAAUCA